AUGUGCAUCCAAGUGUACGAGAGCUACGCGCUGUGCCCGUGCCACCUGCGCCGGGAGUUCCAGCCGUGCGAGCACGGGCCGGCGUCGCGGCAGUGCGCGGGGCGGCGGGCACGGGUGGAGGCGGCGGCGGGCGGGCGGCGCGACUACUGCGCGUACCACGGGCGGCGCAACGCGGCGGCGGCGGCGGGGCCCGCGCGGUCGGCGUUCCUGUCGCUGCGCGGCCGCUGCCUGUGGCCGCCGACCGCCGACACGCCCUGCCUCGGCCGCCGCGUCGGCGCCCGCGCGCUGCUCCCCGCCCGCCCGCGACGAGCCGGGCGCACCCGCCGGCCCCGCGCCCGCGCCACCGCCGCCGUCUUCGCCGGUCGCCCCCGCGGCGCCCGCGUCCCCGGCGGCGUCUACCCAGAGACCGACGGCAGCGGCCCCCGCGACGAGGUCCCCUGGCGAGAUAGCGAUGAAGACGCUAAGGGCUGGCUGGCUACGUCCCGGGUGUACUUUUCGCGGACGUGGCGUUGA